CUGUACGUCCUGACAGGUCUGAUGAAGGACAAGAAGAAGAAUGCGCAGAAGGUGCGCAGUGACUUCUGGGUGUUCUCAUUGGACACACGCGAAUGGCGGCGAGUGUAUGAGAACGACCACGACGACCAAGCGUACUGGCAGGUCAUGCGCAACAUAGAGCCCUGUCCCAGAUACGCACACCAACUGGUCUACAAUCCAAUCACUAAGGUGCGUGCCCAGGGAUGA